CGCUUUCUCACCACUCAUUUGCGGAUGUUCGAUGAAAACCGGCUCACGUUGCUGUCUUCGCAGGAUCUCUUCGACGAGAUGAUUAAUUUUCUGCGGGUAUUCCUGACUUUCUGUGGCUCGGAUGUACUGCUUAUGGAUAAAUUCCGUUGGAAUGCUCGCACUUGGCUGUGCUUCUGGACGUUGGUUUCAUUUGCCAUUACGUUGUUUUACACGAUAGUGUUCCGCUCGGACGAUAUCUAUGCCAUUAUGGAUACGUUGUCGUACAGCGGAAUUGCCAUUCAGGGUGCGUUCAAAAUGCACGGCGCACUGUCCCGGGUGACGCUCUUCCAGCAAAAGUAUAUGGGGCUGAAGGCACUGUAUGCACGGUUUUCGAAGGAACCGGACAACAAUAUGGCACUGAACAAGUGUGUCCUGACGAUUACCUACAUUUUCCGAUUUUUCCUGCUGAUCUACGCUGCUGGAGGGUUGGCGUUUUUCGUCAUCCCGUUGUACGUGCUGUUUGUGUAUCAAAAAGUUGUGCUCAUUUUACACGUGGAAAUUCCGUUCGUUGACCCCGACGUGUUUUCUGGAUAUGUUAUAACCACUGCCUAUCAGGUGAUGAUGAUUGCCCUGGCGAUUGCUGGUAUUUUAGCAGCAGAUAUGGGGAUUAUGAUUCUAGUGUUGCAUAUCGUUGGAAUAGUGGACAUAUUUAGAAAUAAGCUUAAAGAACUGGAUCGAAUGUUAGAAGAUGCACAGUAUAGUAAACAGCAAAUUCACGAAAAAGUUUCUGAAAUUUGCGUCAUGCAUAGAGAGAUUAUCAAAUACGAAGAAGAUCUAGACGAAUGUUACCAUACUACCGUGUUCGUUCAAGUCCUGACAUCGGUGGCUUGUCUUAGCUUGGCGCUGUUCGUAGUCUACAUGACAAACGAUUGGACCAGAGCAAUGUUCUUGGCAGCAACGUUUUUUCAACUUUUGGAAUUCUGUCUUCUCGGGACGGCGUUGACACUGAAGAACGAUCAAGCUAUAGUUGCUAUUUAUCACACCAAAUGGUACUUACUAACACCCUCGGAUCAAAAACGUCUGAUGUUCGUGCUUCACCGCUCUCAGAACGCUGUGGAAAUGACUAUUGGAGGUGUGGCUCUACUAAAUAUGGAGACUUUCGUCGCAAUAAUGAAAACCAUUUACUCGUAUUUUACCAUGUUGCUUACAUUUAUUUCCAACGAGUAAAACAAUGGAGAACAGAAGAAAUGCAGCUUGAAUCAUCCUGCAUACACUAAGAACAAAUACAUCGAACACACCAGAGCUAUCAUACCUGUUGUUGGUCAACUUGCGAAGAAUAAAAGUGUUAACGCUUUUAUGAGAGUUCAAUUAGAAGUGAAGUGAACAUUCACAAAAUGAUGAUCGAGAUUCUGAAGUAAAUGGUCAGCAAGCUGUAAUAAACUUACUACUUACUUUCA